GUCACUUCCAUUCAUUACCCUGCCCCCACCGUACUCGGUACAAUUCAUUCAUUUCUCUCGUCAAUCAUUCUUCUUUUUCGCACUUUCUUGUUUCUUCUGGUUUUCCCAUCACAAGACCGCCAAAAAAAUGGAGACCAAUUUUCUCGGGGUCCGGGGAGGGCUUUCACCCGCCAUGAAUGCCCGGAAAGAAGAACUUUCCGGGGACGAUGAGGAGGAGGCGUUAGACGGAGAAGAAGAGGAGGAAGACGAAAAGAACGAAGAGGGGAGGACUGGGGAGCUUCAUUUGUUGAAGAGGACAAAGAAAAUAGAUCUGAUGAGUAGAGUCGGAGAGUCGGGGAAGAGGGCCGGCGGGUCGAGUUCCGGCGGCGGCGGAGGGGUGGCGCCGUCGGGGUGUGUGGUGGAGACGUGUGGCGCGGAUCUGAGCUUUGCGAAGGCGUACCACAAGAGGCACAAAGUGUGCGAAGUCCACGCGAAGGCCCCAGUUGUCUUUCUCAAGGGCGUUCCCCAGCGCUUCUGCCAGCAAUGCAGCAGAUUCCACGAGGUUACAGAAUUUGAUGAUUCAAAAAGGAGCUGCCGGAGGCGAUUGGCGGGGCACAACGAGCGGAGGAGGAAGGCAUUGUCGGAGAACCGCGGGGAGGGUCCCAGCCGGAAACAGUUUGGAGAGGCUGCAUUGAAUGGCAGCGAGAUUGACGGAGACAGAACGCCCGUCACCUACAGAAAUUCACCCCACAACAACUUCCACAUUCAUUGACCUGGAACUUCCAUAAUCCCUACAUCUUUGCUUAUUAGUACUUGCUUGCUCUCUUCUGUCAUUAUCAAGUUAGCCCUCUUCUUUAAGAAUGAAUUGAACAAAUAUGCCUUUAUCUGUUCUAGUAUCAUAAAAUGUAAUGCCGUGGCAACUGCCAAGAUGACCUACAUACAUUUGCUUCUGGGAUUGUGAUGACCUGUUUUUGGGUUUAGCCCUCAAAGAAACUUUAAGCGCUCAUUUAUUGACACCAUCUUUAUAUAAUACGUACGGAGUAGUAUAAAGUAGAAGAGUUUGUUACUACUUUUGGAGGGAAAUUUGCCGCCUAAAUUAGGGCAUAAUGGGAAAUUAAUGUCAAAAGUGAACUGCAUGUGGCCCAUGCGUUAGUCUCGAAGUUAUUCAUUUGGUAAGUUUGCUAAUUUGGUAGUAGAUAUGACGGAGGAAAUUACUGAUCAUUAAAAUGUAUUAGGGCUUAAAAUGUAUUAGGGUCUGUUUGCAACAGCUUCUAUUUUAAAAAAAGUGUUUUUUUAAUGGGGAUAAGUGAUUAAAUAAAAGUUGAUAAUAUUUGAGAAAAAAGUGAUUUUGAAGAGUAAAAGUUGGUAGUGUUUGGUAAAAUAAGUGCUUUUUGUGUAAUAGAAAAACUAAAAACACUUUUGACACGAAAGCCGAGAAAAAUAAAAGUUGAUAGUAUUUGGUAAAAUAAGUGUUUUUUUAAGCCAAAAGGUGAGAAAUGCUUUUUAAAGCAUUUGCAAACCAACCCUUAAUGUCUUGCUAUAUUUUAAUAAUUCCUAAUAAUAGUAAUACCCAAAGGAAUACCAUAAGACAAAGACACAUAUGGAAAAAUAGAGUAAGACAGACUAACAUAAUAUUAGGAAUGAAUACAUUCGUAUCAGCUAGGCGCACCUGACCAUAAUCCUUGUGCGGUCAAGCCCAUUUGAAAUGCUUUUGGAUGUGAACAUGUUCUCCAAAAAUUUUUGAGCAUGUUCUCUAUAGAUUAUAGAUCUAGUUUUGAACCAUUAAGAUCAUUCUAAUCCAACAUAUUAGAAUUAAGUCUUAUCAUAUCUUAGACCUCUUCUGAGUUCAGACAUGCAUUAUCAUAUUUAGCUAUAAAAAAAUCAUCAAUUCCACAUUUCAAAGAAAGGUUAGUGACCAUAUCAAUUAUAAGUCUGUAUUUUGACAUGCAUUUGAUGUGUUGAGAUCGACUUUUGAUGGUUUUCCUAGCUAAAAUGCGUCACAAGCCUCAUAAUUAGCUCAAGUAAUAUUUUACGGGGUUUUGGUUUGCAUUUGGUGUUUUUAGAAUUAAAAUCAGGAAAUUCAGUCAGAAGUCCGAAACCGACGUUGGAGAAUUAAUCGGGAGGACUCGAGACACAUUUGAGAUUUAUUGAGAAGCAUUGAAGAUCCACGAUUCAUAAAAUGAGUGAUUUUGAAGUCAAGAGAGCUCAAGGAUCAAGUAUGAGAUCAAACGGGGACGAAGAGAACUUGAAAACGGCGAUCAGAAUGAUGUUUUGUUAAUCGUUCAAACAUAUCUAUUUUUAGAAACAUUCAAAGUACACGAUUCAAGUUUUGUAUGAAAGAUAACUUCAAGGGCUACAAAUCAUAUGAAGACACCAUGACAAGAAUCUCAAAGGAGCAAGGUGAAAACAAACAAGGAAGUAAGAUAAUCGCUGUUGAGAUUAAGCAUGAUCCGCCAGAAAUCCAAUUACCCCGGAAUCAAUCCAUGUUCCCUAUCGUCAUUAAUUAAAAGAAUCC